GCCUGCGCGGCGCCGGAGCCCUGGAUCUGGCCGAGCAGCUCGCCCACCUCUUCCUGGUGGUGGCGCCGCAGGUAGCCGCACUCCUCCUGCAGCGCCUGCGCCUUCUUCUGCAGGUCCACGCGCGCCGCCUCGGCCUCCUGCGCGAAGCGCGCCAGCGCGCGGGCCGCCGCCUCGGCCUCCUCUCGCUGCCGGGCCUCGUCGUCGAGGCGCUGGCGCACGUGCGCGAUGUCCUCGAGCAGGUGCUCCUGCUCCAGGCGUAGCUGACCGCGCGCCGCGCCCAGGCGCAGCACCGCGCCGCGCAUCUCGCGGACCUCGCGCUCGUACAGCUCGCCCAUAGCGGAGCGGCCCGCCUGCUGCUGCCGCAGCGCCGCAGCCUCGCCCUCCAGGCUGCGGUUGUGCGCCUCCAGCUGCCGCACCUUGUCGAUGUACCCGGCGAAGCGGUCGUUCAGCGCCUGCAGCUGCUCCUUCUCACUGCGCGAGGUGGCCACCGCCACCAUGCAGCCCUCCGGCCCGUUGCUCAGCGUGUCCAGCGAGUCGGUGCUUGAGGCGGCGCCUGCGCCACGGAAGCGGCUGGGCGAGGCGGACACGGAGCUCACGGACGUCCGUGUCCACGAGUGGAAGCCGCUGGAGGAGCCGGCGGCGGAGCGCGUCCCGCCUGCGCCACCCUUUCGGGCUAGCGCGUAGUGGAGGCUGCCGCCGCCAUGCAGCGGCGCGAACGGGGCGCCCAGCAGCGCGUCCGCGCCGCCGAAGCUCAUCAUGGCCUGAGCAGAAUGUCCCUGGCACAAGUUUCCAAGGAUAGACCCUCUGUGUGAAGGGGAGCAGCUGCCUUCGAGCAAUCAGCAGUAACUGCUUGGGGAGGCUUAGUCCCCUAAUAGUUCAGAAGUCACCUCCAAGGUCAGACGGACCCACAGCUGAACGCCAACACUUCCACUUCUCGUUUGCUUUUGCAAAUAGCAGUAGCUCCUGAAAUGUGGAAAUUCUUUACCUGGCUGAUUCAUGACAAACUUGGUGGGAGAAGUAGCUGAUGGGGAAGGGACUCAGUCCUCGGGCUGGCCUUGAAGGAUGAGGACAAGAAUGCUGCAGUCGCCUGGCCCUGGGCAUCCUGCCCUGGCCUUGGAGAGGAGCUGCAUUCUGCAGAGCCAGAAGGAGGACAAGAGAGGCACCCUGCCCAAGCACCAGGCUGAGCCUCUGCAGUCCCUGCCCGGAGAAGACUUACAGCCGCCGGGAGCUUGGGAAGGUUACAGAGAAAAAGCCUCUUGCAGCACUUGGGAGGACACUGCCUGCAGCGCCCCGCCUGCCGUGGGCCUGCUCCAGGGCAUAUACCCAUCUGCUGUGUGGCUGGACCAUGUGGGUAAACUCUCCGGAGGCCUGCGUGAGCUAAGGGGGAUGCUCCAUCCCAUGCACAGUGGAGCCUGCCUCCAUGGGCCCUGCUGGCCUUCAUGGAACCACCUCUCCCAUAGACAUCAGAGCUCCGAUGCCAUCGCUUCCCCCCACAGACCCACUCGGUGGUGCCCAGCCAGGCUACCCUGCACAGCAUCCCACUCAUCUAUGCCAGAGUGAUGGCUGCUCAGCUAGCCACGAGAGGGUAGCACACCCUCUGCCCAUCAUGCAACACGUCUGAAGCCCACCUAGACCCCUUCAUCCCAUGGACACUACAUUAAGCACACGCACAAGCACCUGGGCUUCAGUGGGGGCUUAUUUGGCCUCCCCAGGAUGGACUGGAGCGUCAGUAGUGCCCGGGUUCAUCACAGGACAGAUACUCAAGACACUCUUAUCACCAUUAGGUGGACUUGGAGGAGCAAAAAACGGGCGCAGUGGCUCCUCAGCAGAGACACUCCUGAAUAUAUAGACAUGGGAACCACCUUCAGCGUCAAAAAAGGAAACAUUCUGCAUGCCCAUAUCCAGAAAAAUCCCCACUCGCUGUAACUUGCGGUCUACGAAGAGGAAAGUCAGCGGCACCGUGCUGGCAGAGAGGCGGCUUCCAUCCCUCAAACUCACAGUCCAGAAUCCACGCUCUGUGGUCAGAUGGAUCCUCCCUUUGCGGUGAACAGAUUCUCUGCAGACUCCCAGGUCCCAUUCUGCGCUUGUUCCCACAUCCACCUCCCAGUAGUGGCGGCCACAGUGGACAUGGCUGCACUCUUCCAAGAAGCAAGCAGCUGUCCCGUCUGCUCAGACUAUCUGGAAAAACCAAUGUCCCUGGAGUGUGGAUGCGCCGUCUGCUUCAAGUGCAUCAAUUCGCUGCAGAAGGAGCCCCAUGGGGAGGAUCUACUUUGCUGUUGCUGUUCCAUGGUCUCUCAGAAGAACAAAAUCAGGCCCAAUCGGCAGCUAGAGAGGCUGGCUUCCCACAUCAAGGAACUGGAGCCCAAGCUGAAGAAGAUUCUGCAGAUGAACCCAAGGAUGCGGAAGUUCCAAGAAGCCUGGCUACAGAUAAGGGACCAAAAUGACUGACUCAAAAUAUUUCACCACGACCAAGAAAGGGGAGAUCUUCGAGCUGAAGGCAGAG